AUGGCAGCUUUACCUGGCACCGACCUGUUCUCCAUCCAGGCUAACGAGCUCCAGCACGAUGCUGUCCUGGACUACUAUGGCAGGCGACUAGCAACAUGUUCUUCGGACAAGUCCAUCAAGAUCUUUGAAGUCGAAGCCGACAAGCACACACUGGUGGAGACUCUCAAAGGACACGAAGGUGCCGUCUGGAGCGUAGCAUGGGCACACCCCAAGUACGGCAACAUUCUCGCUUCCUCUUCCUACGACGGCAAAGUCCUCAUUUGGCGCGAGCAGUCCAACAGCUGGCAGAAGAUCUACGACGUCGCUCUACACACGGCAUCCGUCAAUCUCGUCGCCUGGGCACCCCACGAAGCCGGUUGCCUUCUCGCUUGCGCAUCGACCGACGGCAAUGUCUCGGUACUCGAAUUCAAGGACAACAACUGGACACAUCAGAUUUUCCAUGCUCAUGGUAGCGGCGUGAAUAGUGUCUCGUGGGCUCCUGCUGUUGCACCAGGACAGGUUGUUGGCGCGAGUGGGAAUCAGACAGUUGCUGCGCGACGAUUGGUUACAGGUGGAAGCGAUUGCCAGGUCAAGAUCUGGGAGUUUAGCGCCGAGGCUGGCAACUGGCAGAACGUGCAGAUACUACCUGGCGGUCACUUGGACUGGGUGCGCGACGUUGCAUGGUCACCUACCGUCCUUUCCAAGUCAUACAUUGCCUCCGCAUCCCAGGACAAGACUGUCAUCAUCUGGACCUCUUCGGAUUUACGCGGAGAGUGGAAGCGCACCAAGUUGGACGUCGAUGCUGCUGCUUGGCGCGUGAGUUGGAGCUUGAGCGGCAACGUUCUAGCAGUCAGCACCGGCGACAACAGGGUCAGCCUAUGGAAGGAGAGGCUGAGCGGUGGAUGGGAGUGCGUCAAGACGAUUGAGGAGUAGUACAUCCAUGUUUUGGAUAUAAAAGGAAAUACUGGCAAGAUGUUCCUGCAUAACAACGCACAACUGGUAAUCCGUUCGCUGAAGGACUGAUCUGGGAAGCGACAGCAACAGGCCUAGGUUAAUCGGUAGUGGUCGUCUAUUGGGGUAAGACGGGGGCAUGAACGCGGCUGGCUGUGUCCAAAAGGAGUAAAAGGAGUCCACGAUGAGACAGAAAACAGUCUACAAUAUCCAUAGCUCAGCGCAAGCAAAGAAGCC